UGGUUUGCCCGAUUGUAGUCUCGCGCGGGAAUUUCUGAUACGGUUCCUCUUCCCGCUGAAUGGCGGACAGGAGCUGAGGAGGGCGAAUUUCUUGCAGGGAAGAUGGCCGUGUUCGCGGCCGCUACAGUUUCACCUACUGACGGGGCUGCUCAGUCAUGUACAAAACGGAAGGAAGAUGACCUUUCUAUUAAAGCAAUUACCAGCUAUUUUUCUCCACUGGGGAAAAAUCUUGAGACAGUAUUGUCACCACCAAAGUCUAACAAUAUAAUGGAUUAUUUUAAAAAACUACCUCCUACAAAUGAGAGUAUUGCUUCAACCCUAUUGGAGCAGAAAAGCAAAGCAAACUCAACAUCGUUGGAAAAUUCUUCAAAGCCUCUAUCAAGACUUAAGUGGAGAGGAAAGCAGAAUAACUUAAAUAAUAACUUCAAAACUGAGAAAACACUUGAGCUUGAGCCUUUGAUGGAACUGAAUAAUGAUGAUGAUAAAGAGACAGUUGGUCCACAAGAAGAGAACUGUAAGAUUUGUAAUGAUGUUGCACUGAUUAGCCUCACAAAUAUGGAAGAGACAUUAAAUAUUUGUAGUGAAAGCUCUCUCAACACAGUUAACUACAGAAAUGAGGAAAGAAAAACUAAGAUAGAAGGAAAUGUAAAAAGUAAUGCAAAAAAAUUAAAAAGAAGGAACCCUAAAAAUGAAAUUGACUUGUUUGAAAAUUCUCCCACUGAGAUACAGACAAAGGAUCCAUGUAAAGAAACUGAUAAACAAGUUACAUCUGUCACUGAAUCAGAAAAUAAAAGUUUACUAUUUAUUCUGGAUCCUGAGACUAAUACACAGAAGACACCACCAUUAAAUGACAAUACUAUAACUAUAUCAUUUGAAGACUUUUUAAAAAGCCAAGGAGAAAACUUUGAACAGGGUCCAAAAAACCAGACACCUGAUAAUGUUGUUGCCUCUGAUGAAGCAAACAUUUGUCAACAUACUGAGUAUUUGCCACUUAAGAAAGUGACAGUCCUUGCCCAAAUUCAUUCUGUCCCUCCAAGAUCUCUCCGUUCUCAGAAAAUUGCUUCUAUUUUUGUAAACCAAAAAAGCAAAGCCAAAGAACAAAGGAGUCCGGCUACCUCAGAAAUGGAGUACUCUGAACAGAUGACUCAAAAAAGAAAAUCAAAUGUGGUGAUUGCAGAAGAAGAGUUAGAACUGGCAAUAUUAGAAACUACAGGUCCAGAGAGUGUGAAAUCGAAAUGCACUGCAGAAGAACGAUACCAAUUUAUGAAAGCUUUUAGACAGCCAGGAGCAGAUACAGUAAAAAAUGGAGCUAAAAGGGGACCUGGUAAGCAGAAAGAAGUUGAAGAAAAAUCAUCAAACCUAAAAGAGGAAGAAUGCGAGGAUGAUUCUAACAAAAAAACUGCAAAUAAUACAUCAAUAGCUUAUGCUAGUAGCAGUGCCCAUAGUAAUACUGAAAAAAGUGAUAGUAACAGAGUAAAAAAUAAAUUCAAAAAGAGAAAGGGGAUAGGGGAAGCAAAAGAGAAAGAUUUAAAUAUUAAUGAUAACCAGAACAGUACUGCUUAUGGUCAAAUCAAUAGGAUAACACCAAAAGAGAAAGAGAGAGAACGUUCUCAAAAAAAUAAGGGACCGAGAAGACAUUGUCGGCAAAAGAAAAGCCAAGGUACACCAGAAGAAGCCAUGGAUUCACAGGCUGUUACUGAAGAUCCACCAGAUGCUGUCCCUCAACAGACCUCUACUCCUAAAACAAACAGAUCCUUUAAAAAUGUUUUAUACACUGCUGAGAUGAUAACUGAACCCUUUGAUUCAAACAGCCCAAUAAGGAUGAAAUUCACCCGAAUUAAUGCAUCAGAAAGAUUUACACAGCAGAAUGUAAAGAUGAAUUCGAUUUCUAGAAAUAUAUUCAAAGCAAAGAAAUUGGUUGAAAAAGCAAAGGCUGUACAGCAUAACAGAAUAUCAAGGACCAUGGAAGAAGGAUUCCAUAUAUCUUUAAGACGGUCUUCUAGACAACAGGCCCUUGCUGAAAAAAAACAUUUAGAAAAAAUAAAAAACUCAGAUACUCUGGAUUCAGGCACAAGCCAUCUUACCACUGUUUCAGAUAAUAUAGAAAAUCCAAAAAAACUCCAAAGCGUAAAUGAUGUAUUGGGGAAAAAGACCAGAAUUGCGAAGGCAACUAAGAGCUCAAAUGGGAAGGAGAAAAUGUCUUCGUUAAUUAGGAAAAAAGUUAAAAAAUCUACAGAUGAAGCAGUUAUUUGUGUCAAAUCCAGCGAAGAUGAGUCUGAAAAUUCGCAAGAUGACACAGAGUUCAAAGCAAAACGUGAAUUUUUAAUGAGCGGUUUGCCAGAAUCUUUAAAGAGGCAGAUUGCAAAAAAAACAGCAGCAUUGGAAGCAUAUUCUGCAGCUAAUUCCUGUUUUCAAAAAGUGAUCCAUGUUCAGCAGAAGGAUGAUAAAUGCUUGAUGUGGAGAUUGGCACCACCCUCUUGCCCCCUCUUAACUAAACUUAUGGACGUGAAUUCUGAAGUAAUUGAUGCUGCAAAGCUUACUCUUUCACUGGGUGAACUCUCAGUUUUAAAUACACAACCUAAUAGCAGUGAUUCUGCAGUUGUUGUGCCAUCUGGGUGGCGACCAGUAUUUUCCAAAAUACAAAGGAGUGUUUUGUUGGAGGAGAUUCAGUCUUCCAACACUCAGUUUCCUGUGAAACUGUUUUUUGAUCUACUUUUGAAAAAACAGGCUCCUCCUGAAAAUAAUAAACAAGUAAAUAAAUGUGAAGCUGUUAAUUCUGAAACAGACGCAACUGAAGUUCAAAAGGAAGGCAAAAGGAAACGAAAAACUGAAGAUCGCAAAUGCAAAAGAAAGAACCAGAAGGAAAAAUCAGAGACCGGAUUAUCAAAAAACCCUUCCCAAAUACCAUGUGCAAAACCGAUUGGUGCAGAAAAUAGCCACAUAAUAGAUGUGGAUAAAAUGGAAGAAUCUGAGAUGAAAACAACAGAAGACUCUCAGUUUGGAUCAGAAAUCACCAGUCUUUCUGAUUUUGCAAAUGAAGACAUGCUUUGGACAGAAAAAUACCAGCCACAAAACUCCAGUGAACUUAUAGGCAACACUGAAGCAAUUAAAAAGCUACAUAGGUGGCUGUGUGAAUGGAAAAGAAAAGCUGAUUGGGAAGAAAACAGAACUCAAAAAGAAAAGAAGAACGCUGGUAAAGACGAUUCCUUGGAGAGUUUGGAUUUUAUAGACGACGCAUCAGUGAGCGAUGAAGAGAACGUUCUGUGCAAUACCACGUUGCUCAUCGGCCCCCCAGGCGUAGGGAAGACUGCCGCAGUUUACGCUUGUGCACAGGAGCUUGGCUUCAAGAUAUUUGAAGUGAACGCUUCUUGCCAGCGCAGUGGAAGGCAGAUUCUCUCGCAGCUGAAAGAAGCUACUCAGUCUCACCAGGUGGACAAACAAGGCGUACAUGCUCAUAAGCCAUGCUUCUUUAACCAUUACAGUAGCACCAAGUCACCAAAAAAACAGUCUCCCAGAAAAGAGUGGUCCCCAAGGAAACUUCCAGUUUCACCCAGAAGAGUUGGAUUAAAGCAAGGCUUAAUGCCCAAAACACUUGAUAACUAUUUUAAAAUAACUUCCAAGCCGAAGAAUAAAGAAGAAAAAGUCCAAAGGGGCAAUAAAGAAAAUAGGAAAAGCUUAGCGGCAAAAAAAACACAGAUAAAAUCAGGAAAAAGGAGAAACAAGGAAGAGAAAUCCAGUAAAAAAUGUGCAACUUCUCUUAUCCUCUUUGAAGAGGUUGAUAUAAUAUUUGAUGAAGAUGUUGGAUUUCUAAAUGCAAUAAAGACCUUCAUGAGCACUACAAAGAGACCUGUCAUUCUAACUACCAACGAUCCUUUGUUUAGUGAAACUUUUGAUGGCUGCUUUGAGCAAAUCACUUUCAGUGUACCUUCUUUGAUAAACGUGGCUAGCUAUCUCCAAGUUCUGUGUUUGGCCGAGAACUUAAGAACUGAUAUCAGAGACUUUGCUGCCUUGUUAACUGUGAAUAACUGUGACAUCAGGCAGAGUAUUCUACACUUACAGUUCUGGGUUCAGAGUGGUGGUGGUUACUUGAAAGAAAAAGGCAAAAGGACAGAGAUAAAUGGCAUAGAACAGAAUGCUUUCAUCAAAGAAUCAACUAGUUCGAAGUCAAGGAAACCUGUUCUUGAGAAUAUUCCAAAAUGUAGUACUGGCUGCAUUGAGAAUCUGCUUGGACUUAAGAACAUAUUUUUCCCUUCAGAAGAUUUGUUCUCAUUCCUUAAGCAUGAAAUCAGAACAAAAGAAGAUUGGAAUAAGCUGAUACGUCUGCUCACAGAAUUCCAGAUGAGGAAUACAGACUUCAUUUAUAGCAACCUUGAAAUCAUGACAUCUUUGCCACUUAAUGUAAUUCCGGAAGCAUUUGAAAUAGCUAGUCCUGCAUGUAGCUUUAUUGCAGAAAAGUCUUCAAAUAGUAUAUGCAUUGAUACUGAUUACUUAGAGGAAGCUCCUCCUGUGAAAAAGGCUAAACGAUCAAGAUGUCAGAAAAAAAUUGCUGUAUUGGAUGAUAGUGAUUUAUUUGAAUGUGAAUUCAAUUACUCUGGGUUUAUUACAUUGCCUCCUGACACAACCAGUUCAUGCUUACAAGAAAAGGGCACAAUGGUAAUGAAAAAUGGAACAUCAGCCAAGGCAAAGGGUUCUGUACUUGUAUUCCAGUGUUUAAAUUCCUUGACUGAAUUUCUGGACAAUAUGUCUUUAUUAGACUGUUGUUUCACUGGGCCCACACAGGCAUCAAAGCAGUCUGGUAAAUAUGAAGAAUUUAUUUGGACUAAGGGGAAAAUAAAAAAUGGUCUCUCCGAUGAAUUUAGUAUGGAGUACAUGGACUGGUGGAGCUCUCAAAGCUCUAGUGAACUAAAAGCAACAAUGGAAGCACUAAAUUUCAACAAAUGCUCUGAGAACAUUUCAAAAAUCAUGGAAAGUUGCUUGAACUGUGGAAAAACUCUUGGGAAGAAUGAAUUAGAAGAGCUCACUCUCCAUGUUUCAAAAGAACGAGCCGAUUUAUAUUUUGGCCAGUCAGCAGCUAAUUUCAGUAUUCACUAUAAUGCACAGAAGAGGAAAGAAAUUAUCAAAACCGUGUUUUCCAAUACACCUUUAAGUCUUAAUAGCAGACAAGCCAGUGUAAUGGAAUAUCUGCCUACUCUUCGCAACAUGUGUAAAUCAGAGAAACAGAAAGAACAGGGGAAGACAAAAAGAAGGUUUCUUCACUAUUUGGAAGGGAUUCAUCUUCCCAAAGAAAUUUUGAACAGCCUGGCAACUGAUUUUCCUUAAAACGGUGGGCAAGAAUAACAU